GGGAAGGGAGGGCUGAUUUUUCAGCAGUAUUCUGUGACUGCAGGUGAAGGCGAUUCAGCUCUCAGGCAUCAGACAGGAAAAGACGAAGUUUAAUCUGAAAACUUCAGGGUGUAUUCUGCUGGUUUCAUGGCUCUACUCACCAAUGUCACCAUCGUGCUGGUCCUGGCUUGCAUUUCCAAUCAGCUGAUGUUGAGCAGCUGUCAGAAGAGCCAUGGACGAAGGGGAAGAGGGGUGGACAGAGGACAACACAAGGACAGGCCAGGGCUGAAGGUGGGCCGUCAUACUAAAUCUGUCUCUGCACAGCUCAUUAAGGGCAAAAUGGGCACCAAAGACAAAGCAGAGUGUACAUGGGCAGCAACAGGUGAGGAUCUCUUUAUCCUUGGAGUAACCUGCAAGAAGGGAGACAGGAGAUUCAGCUGUGAGUAUAUCGCCAGACCAGCCGUUUGUCCCCAGUAUGCCUCUAAUGUCAAACUUUACUGGAAGCAAAUGGCCAGGGCACUGAGGAAGCAAAAGAAUUUGUGCCAGGACACUAGUGCAUUGGUCAGGGUGGGCAUGUGCAGAAGAGCUGCCAGAGAGGCUCAUUUCAGACUCCGUAAUGCACAGAGGAAGACCUACCUGCCUUCCACCCCACGACCUGCAUCCAGACCUGUCAAAUCUUGUCAAGCUAACAAUAAGAAGCUGGCAGAGGAGUACUGCAACGACUCCUGGUCGAGCCUUUGCACUUUCUUUUUUACCAUGGUGCAGGAUUAUGAUUGCUGAGACAGAAAAAAGUGAAGAACUGAAAUAAGUUCUGAUCUCUAUGAAAUCACAUGAAUACUUGUCAUAUUAUACAGUAGAUUCUCUAUAGAUCUGUUCUCACAGAAUAGUUUUUGCAGAUUUCAUGUAAACUUCACAUCUUGUCUUGACAUUGUUAACAGG